CUUCCCUCAAAUCAUAGCUUGCGAUAGAAGUACUCGAAAACUGAUAAAACUAAACUCUCUUCUAGUUUUAUCCAUCAAACUGCUCGAUCUCUUGUUCGUUUUGUCUUGGAAAACGCUUUGCAUUCUUCAAAAAUGUUUCAGCACAUUGUGGAUGCAUUGUCAGGCAACAAUAAAAAGAUCAAAGGAACUGUGGUUCUGAUGAAAAAGAAUGUCCUGGAUUUGAAUGACUUCAAUUCUUCAUUUCUUGAUGGAAUUCACGAGUUACUGGGGCAAAAAGUUUCUCUGCAGCUCAUCAGUGCUGUUAAUGUUGAUCAAGGAACACUGAAAGGGAAACUUGGAAAGGCAGCAUAUUUGGAAAAUUGGAUCACUACAAACACUUUUCUAGCAGCUGGUGAAACGGCAGCUGAUAUCACAUUUGAUUGGGAUGAGGACCAAGGAAUUCCAGGAGCUUUUAUCAUCAAAAAUAAUCAUCCAACUCAAUUCUACCUUAAGACAUUGACACUUGAAGAAGUUCCUGGACAUGGCCGAGUUCACUUUGUCUGCAAUUCUUGGGUUUAUCCAGCUGGAAAGUACAAAAAAGAUCGCGUAUUCUUCUCAAAUCAGGCUUAUCUCCCAAGUGAAACACCAGAAGCAUUGAGCCAAUACAGAGCAGAAGAAUUGGUGAACCUGAGAGGAGAUGGAACUGGAGAACUCAAGGAAUGGGAUAGGGUCUAUGACUAUGCUUAUUACAAUGAUUUGGGAGAUCCGGACAAAGGUAAGGACUACGCUCGCCAGAAUCUUGGAGGAUCCAAAGAGUUUCCUUAUCCUCGAAGAGGAAGAACGGGCAGACCACCAUCAAAGACAGAUCCCACCGUCGAGAGCAGGCUGCCACUGAUUACCAGCUUAGACAUUUAUGUCCCAAGGGAUGAAAGAUUUGGACACUUGAAGAUGUCAGAUUUCCUUGGUUAUGGACUGAAAUCAGUCGCUCAGAUCCUUUACCCUGCAUUGAAGAGCCUUUUUGACAGCACCCCUAACGAAUUUGACAGCCUUGAAGAUGUGCUUAAAUUGUAUGAAGGUGGAAUUAAGCUACCAAAAGGUCUCCAAAGCCUUACUGACAACAUCCCCUUUGAGUUGCUUAAAGAAAUACUUCGAACUGAUGGUGAGGCUAUCCUGAAAUUCCCAACCCCGCAGAUUAUCCAAGAGGACAAAUCUGCAUGGAGGACAGAUGAAGAAUUUACAAGAGAAAUGCUUGCUGGACUGAACCCCGUCAUUAUUAGCCUCCUCCAGGAGUUUCCUCCAAAAAGCAAGCUCGAUCCUGAAGUCUACGGCAGCCAAAAUAGUACCAUAACCAAAGAACAAAUAGAGGAUAAGCUGGACGGAUUGACAGUUGAUCAGGCACUCAAGGCGAAUCAGCUAUUCAUAUUGAAUCACCAUGACACACUUAUGCCGUAUGUGAGGCGCAUAAAUACCACAACAACGAAGAUCUAUGCCUCAAGGACUCUGCUCUUUUUGCAAAAAGAUGGAACCUUGAAGCCUUUAGCUAUUGAGCUAAGCUUGCCCCACCCAAAUGAUGAUAAACUUGGUGCUGUCAGUAAAGUAUACCUACCUUCCGAACAAGGUGUAGAAGGUGCACUUUGGCAGUUGGCAAAAGCUUAUGUUGCAGUUAACGACUCUGGCGUUCAUCAGCUCAUUAGCCACUGGUUAAAUACGCAUGCUGUCAUCGAACCAUUUGUCAUUGCAACGAAUAGGCAGCUGAGCGUGCUUCAUCCUAUUCAUAAGCUACUACAACCUCACUACCGUGACACCAUGACUAUCAACGCUUUGGCUCGCCAAAUCCUGAUUAGUGCAGGAGGAAUUCUUGAGAGUACUGUUUUCCCUGGAAAAUUUGCGAUGGAAAUGUCAGCAGUUAUUUACCAAAACUGGGUAUUUCCUGAGCAAGCACUUCCAGCUGAACUCGUCAAGCGAGGGGUUGCAGUUGAGGACUCCAAUGCCCCACAUGGACUGCGUCUAUUAAUUCCAGAUUAUCCUUUUGCUGUUGACGGGCUUGAGAUCUGGUUCGCCAUCAAAACAUGGGUGGAGGAUUAUUGCAACCUCUACUACAAAACAGAUGAAUCGAUCCAGAAAGAUAGUGAACUUCAGGCCUGGUGGAAGGAACUCAGAGAAGAGGGACACGGUGACUUGAAAGAUAAGCCCUGGUGGCCUAAAAUGCAGACUCGCAAGGAGCUGAUAGAAUCUUGCACCACCAUAAUCUGGGUAGCUUCCGCCCUUCAUGCAUCAGUCAACUUCGGGCAGUACCCUUAUGCUGGUUAUCUCCCAAACCGCCCAACCGUAAGCAGAAGAUUCAUGCCUGAGCCUGGAAGUCCCGAGUAUGAAGAACUCAAGACAAACCCUGAUAAGGCUUUCCUGAAAACAAUCACUGCCCAGUUGCAGACAUUGCUCGGUGUUUCCCUGAUAGAAAUUUUGUCAAGGCAUGCUUCAGAUGAAGUUUAUCUUGGCCAAAGAGACACUCCUGAGUGGACCAUAGAUGGAGAGGCUCUGGAAGCAUUUAAAAAGUUUGGAAGUAAGCUGGCUGAAAUUGAGGGCCGCAUUACACAGUCAAACACCGACCCUAAAUACAGAAACAGGACUGGACCAGUGAAGCUGCCGUACACGUUGCUAUUUCCCACCAGUGACCCCGGUUUAACUGGCAAAGGAAUUCCCAAUAGUGUGUCAAUCUGAGCAAUUUCUGGGAUGAUUUGAUCAGGGAUCAAAGCACAUUCACAAAACUUCCAUCUAUUUUCUGGUCCUUGUGAGCAUAUUACUACCCAAAUAAAUAGUGAUCUUAAGCGAAUGUAAUGUCGUUUUAAAUAAAUCUACAAGUGUGUGAGGGUUGUAUGAUAAUGUUCCAUCUUGUUUCAGAUCAUCAUUGUCAUUUCUCUGUUGUAAUGAGAUCUCUUGAAGGAAGAAGUUAGUAAAAGCGAUAAUCAUGUGCAGAA